AUAUCAAGCAUAUUUACGUGUGUCGUAUCUUCUAACUGAAACUUGAAAAAAACUGUUUAGAUUUUCUUAAUGUGUUUUUUUCUUUCUUAAAUAAAAUAAAAAUUUAUAUAAUUAAAACUUUAAAGAAGCAAGUAACUUUAAAUAACAAACAAUAAAAUGGAUCGUCAUAAAGCUGAUUGUUGCAAAUGCCACAAGUAUGUACACCCAGCCCAGCAGUCAUUAAGUGAUAUGGAUUUUGAUCGUGGCAUUUGGAAUGCAGUCAUUUACAAUGAAGUUGAACGCGUUAAAGACUUUAUAGCCAAAGGCAAAACAAUGGAACGUGAUAAUUGUGAUUACACGGCGUUACAUUAUGCUGCGCGUAAUGGUAAUGUGGAAAUUUGUAAAUUACUUUUGAAUGAGGGAAAAGCUGAUAUUAAUGCCGUCACCAAAGGUGGCGCUACAGCAUUACAUCGUGCUGCUAUGAUGGGUCAUCUAAAUGUUGUUAAACUACUGAUUGAUUUAAAGGCCAAUAUCGAGUUAAAAGACGAAGACGGCCAGACUGUAUUACAUCGGUCGGCAGCUCGUGGUCACUUAGAUGUUAGUAAACUAUUAAUUGAAAAUCAACCAAAUCUCAAAGAAGUCCAAGAUAACAAAGAUAAAAUACCAUUUGAAUAUUUAGCAAAAAAUGCAAAUGAUGAUUUUAAAAUAUUGCUUAAACCUUAGAGAAAAUUUAAAAGAAAAUCGAACACAAACAAACCAACUUAUAAAUUUGAAACAAUAUUAACCCCCUUUUUAAAUAUACUAAAAAACUAAAGUAAGUGCAUUUGAGAAAAAAAAAAUAUUUUCGUUUUUUUUAUAAACUUUAAAAGUGUUUUUAUGAUGAAUAUAAAUGAAAAGAGAAAAAACAACAAACAAUAUUAUAAAAUAUAUCUCUACCAAUACAUACCAUACAAAAUAAAGUCAAUAUAUUAUUAAGUCUA